GUGGCAGUGGGGACACUGGGAAACCCGGUGUGGACGAGGGAAGUGUUCGGGGAUGAAGUGCUGAUGUGUUGGGGAUGAGUUCGGACCGGAGCGCGGUGUGAAGAGUUGGUUUAUUCCAGUACAGCGCAGGUUCAUGGACGCUGAAGCAGAUAAACGUGAUGGAAACGUGACUACAUGAUAAACCUGAGUCCUGCCUUAAAGGCUUUUCUUCUGCGUUUAGUUCUCUCUAAACACUGAUCCCGGAUCAGAUGCUGCACUUUAUUCUUUAUAGUUUUGACGCAUGAAAGCGCAAACUGGACGCACAGAUCCACAUGAGACCCGACACGAUGAAGCGAUGAAGCGAUGAGCUGCGAGUGAAUUUAAGUGAGCGGAUUAAACGUUAUUGUGACCAAGAGACGCUUCACAACCUGCGGAUGAAUCCGAACUUCUGUGGCUACAAUGGAGAGGAAAGUGAACGGGACCGGGUCAGGUCCACAACACCGCAUUAAUGUACCGAGUACAGCAAAGGAAAGAGUUCCCAGUUUGGAUCCGUACGGCUUUGAGAGAUCGAAUGACUUCGAUUACGAGUCCUAUGAGGAGUUUAUGUCGGAGUAUAUGGCCGUUCUCACCAAACGAUCCAUCAAAUGGUCCAAACUACUGCAGGGAAGAAGCCGCAUCGAGAGGAACCUGAAGGUAAAGCGUUAUGUACGGAAAGGAGUCCCCAACGAGCACCGGACUUUGAUCUGGAUGGUGACGAGCGGCUCCCAGGAGCAAAUGGAAAGAAACUCAGGGUAUUAUCACUCGCUGCUUCAGGCCCAACACGACCCCAAACUGGUGGAAACCAUCCGCACAGAUUUGCAUAGGACGUUUCCAGACAACGUGCAGUUCCGGAGGACCGCUGAGCCGUGCUUGCAGAAAGCCUUAUAUAAUGUGCUGCUUGCGUAUGGACACCACAACAAGACGGUCGGGUACUGUCAGGGGAUGAACUUCAUCGCUGGGUACCUCCUCAUAAUCACCAAAGAUGAAGAGAAGUCCUUUUGGUUAAUGGAGGCUCUUUUAAACAGGAUACUUCCAGAUUACUACACACCAUCCAUGUUGGGUCUGAAGACAGACCAGGAAGUGCUGGGAGACCUCGUGAAGACUAAAGCACCGGCUGUGUGGAACACCAUGGCGCAGCACAGCGUCAUGUGGACGCUGGUGGUGUCACGCUGGUUCAUCUGCCUCUUUAUCGACAUCCUACCUGUAGAGACAGUUUUACGGAUCUGGGACAGCCUGUUCUAUGAGGGCUCGAAGAUUCUGUUCCGUGUGGCUCUCACCCUGAUCCGCCACAACCAGGCUUUGAUCUCGCAGGGCCAGCACCUUCCGGACAUUUGUGAGCGCUUUAAACAGAGCACGAGAGGCCCGUUCGUAGAGGACUGCCACGCCUUUAUGCAGCAAAUUUUUAAAGAACCUGGAAGCCUCUCCAUGGUGACCAUUACCAAGCUGCGCGAGGCGCGGCGGGCACAGAUUAUGGCUGAGGAAUAUUAACCAACCAACUUGGGCUUUGGUCCGAAUCACCCAUGAAGCAACCUCAUGAGGGCAUUUUUCUAAACAUUCCUGAGUACUGUUUGCACUUUUAUGAUGUUACUGUUAGAACAGACUGUUCAGAAUCUCAGACGUUGAAGUUAAAGGGAGCUUUUGUCUUAAUUGUUUAGACUUAACUACAACAUACAACUUUACAGUACUAUGUACAUUCAGGGCUAGAGCUGUAUGUUGUGUAGCAUGUAUGCUAACCUCAUAUUAACGAGCACUACAAUAAGGGGAAUGUGUCUGCCAUGUUCAGCUUAUCAACGGCCUUGUGGUCAGUGAUCCAAGUGACCUUAUUGUCAUAAGUGGUGAUGGCACAAGUCCUACAGAUCUGAGCAUAAUAAACGCUUUACUCAAACCUUGUACAAUUCAAAUAUCUUGACUCUGCACUUUCCAUUUUGAAGCCUAUUGGAUUUUGAUUGCUGCAAAACUACUGUGAAAUAAAGAAUCUGGUACUUGUGUUUUACUUUUUUUAGUCGUUUCCAAUUCCUAAUAGCUGCAGAGUAGCACUCGCCCCCUCCAAUACUCGUGUAGUCGUCAGCUUCUUUUCACCUGCUAGAGGUGGGUUCUCACACGUAUAGAGAGUCACGCUAUGCCAUCUGUGAAUGACCCACCACUUAGGCAGCAAAACAACCUUAUCAACCUCGGGCACAGCUAAAUAUGCCUGUUAGAUGCCUGGCCAGGCCGACAGCACGGCUAAGAUCUGAACCCGAGAGCCUGAGCACUCGCUGGUCGCUUUUUAAAAGAUGUCCGUCAGAGUUUGAGUUCUUUAUUUUUUAAUGAACGUCAUUUGUGUGCGCGCCAUGAGACGGUACAAGCAAUACUGACCACAGGUUUAUAAAAUCAGUUCUCUAAAGCUCCUACACUGUAGUUUUUGAUACCUCGAAGCCAUGAAAGGCCACCGCUGACGUUUCUACUGACCAGAAGAUUUCACUGAACAGUUUUGUAAGAGGACAGGUGAUUUAUAUGCAGUACUUUAAUAAACUGAUCUGAAUUACA